ACAAGCUAAGCUCACUUUACCACGAUCAACUUUACAUUGCGCUGCCAUCAUAUCAUGUGUGGCAUGAGACACCUUAUUCUCUUGACAUUCUUGACCUGGCCAUUGACCGAUGCCUCUGGAAAUGGAGGUUCGUGUCAGAGUGAAGAUCCCAGCAAGGCGCCAUCCUUGCUCUCCCUGAAGGCAGAUGUUUUAAAGGCCGUGUAUGGUAUGGAGAACGAGAACCGUGAGCACAGUUUGAAUGGGACUGUAUGUUCCAACUGCUCCAACUCCACCAACUCCACCAACCACAGCCUGGAGGAUUUGAUUAAAACCGUGCUCGAAGAUGACAUCAACCAGAGCAAUGGCAUGCCAGAUCCCGUGGAUGCUGAUGGGACUGGCGGAAGUCUGGGGAAGAAUCUGGAGUUCCUCUAUUUGAAGGUGGCACAAUUGGAGACUGCUGUGGAGCUUCAGAGCAUCGAGUUGAGAUUUGGAAGGCAGGAGCUUCAUCAAGCACAGCUGGAGAUCCAGACCUUGAAGGAUCGCCUCGAUCACAAGGAUGCGGCCUUGAAGCAAAUCAACUCCAAGCUGGCAAAGUUUCAAGGAGAGGAACCUGAGCCAAAGCUCGAGAAUAAACAUCGAGCUGCCUGGUUGAAGCAGAUGGAGAAAAAUCAAAAGAGCAAGGAAGAGGUCGGCCGUCGAACCCAAGACUUGCUCAUGGCUGUGAUCAAGAAGCACCAUCGGCAGACUCAGCGCCGCUGGGGCACUCAGGAAACUCCAGCCUCGAAGGCCCAGAAGGCCCCGAAGGGCGAAACCAAAGCUGAGCUCAAUGAAGUGAUGGCACAACGAGCCCAGAGCCAACAUGGGGCUACAAGCGACCUGGACCGCAGCGUGGCUUCCAAGGGAGUUCCCAUUGUGGACGACAUUGUGGAUGCAGGCGAAGACAUGGUUGAUCUUGUCACCGACGGCACAGAUUUGGUGGGUGAUGCCUUGAGUGAUGCAUACAAUCAGGCAGCAGAUAAGGUGGAGUUUGUGGCCAACACCGUGAUCGACACAGUAGAGCAAGCUGUGGCAAUUUUGAGUCAAGGCUUUGACUUCAGUGCUAAUUGCCCCAAUUGGAGCGGUCCUUCAUUGUCUGUGAGCGAUUCUGGCCUUUCGGUGGAUUGGGGCAGGCAAAGAUGCAGAGUGACAUUGGUUGGUCAAACCUUGACCCUCUUUGACAUGAAUUUUGGCAGUACUUCAGUGGCGUACCCCGCGCCAUUGACGGCCAUGAUCAGUGUGGGCCAGCAGGUCUCUGGUUGUUUGUCAAAUGGAAAUGCCCUGGAUGUGUUCAAGUGCACGGCGAAAGCCAUUGGGGACGAAUUGUUGGCCGAUGUUCCAGCCUUCAAGAUCCUUUUUGCUCUGGCCGAGCAUGUGGCAGGUUGCACUGGUGAUGCUUUGGAUGUAUUUGCUUGCACUGCAGCGAAGGUGGGAGAUGUACUGUUGCAGAAAGUCCCCCCUUUCAGCAUUCUCAUGAACCUGGGGACCAUGAUAUCAGAAUUUGUGGCAUUCUUUGCCGAGUUGGCCAGUGCCCUGAUUCACACCUUGCUGUCAGAGACCGCAUCUCUAAUGCAGGAGGCUGUCAACACCAGCUUCCCAGGUGUUGGUGAAAAGCCCCUGCAGUUGGCGGGUCCAAAGGGCCUCACGGCACAUGUCCGCCGGCAAAGGGGGCAACAAACACCAAACAGAGCAAACAAGGGAUCGGCCUCCAAGCCCAGUUUCCUGCAACGGGAUGCCAACCGCAAACCCUCCAACGAUGUGGACAAUGGCAUCGUGGGAUUCGGCACCACCGAAGCUCAACCCUAUGCUUCGAUGCUCAUCACUCAGUUCGGUGGGGACGAAUAUGACAGCGGCUCCUGCCUAGCAUUUGCCCCGAGCCAUCGCACUGGAAGAACUGGUAAUGUGACCAUGCGCGACUGGCAGGUGCCAAGUCCUGACAGUGACGAAUUUGUGAAGUUGGAACCAUGGGCUGUGCCCUGUGACAACCAAUGGGCAAAAGACAAUCCCAGCAAGUGGGAGGGAUAUUCCUUCUAUACCUACGAGUCGGUGAUUGAGAAAUGUGCUGCCAUCACAUACUCAAUGUCAGCCCAGCCAGUGAUGGCCUUUGUUGGUGGAUUGGAAUUUGAUCUCCUUCCAGCACCUUUGAUGGAAAUCACCACCGAGGUGUGUUGGCCCGACCGCGUUUCAGCUCCAGAUUUGAGUCUCAUUGUCUUCACAGCCCGCAGUGCCGGCAUCGUUCUCUUUACCCAUACCAUUCGGCUCCAUCGGCGUUUUGGUUCCGAUACCAACUUCACUAGCGGCAACUUCAAGGAUUCGGUGGAGCGGCCACGGAACUACUUCGGUAAGGGAACGGGUGAUGAUGAUGACAAGGCUCUUCAGGUCUUGUCACGCACGGUAGAGGCUCAGCCUACUACUGUUCUUAAGCCUGCUUUGAGUCAGACCAAUGCCACUGAGGGACCUCACCACAAGCCUACAAGGCAGUCAAGUCCAGAAGAGUUUGAAGUGAAGCAGCAGGAACUCUUCUUGGCGUCAGCAAAGUACGAUCACAGGCUUGGAUUGAACAUCACCGCAAGAUAUGAAGGUGCAGCAGCCGCCAAACGCGUGCAAGCCGCCCUAUCCAAGAAGCUGUCAGCGUUGCAGCAGGAUGCGGGGGAUUUGGGAGUCCAUGAGUUGUUUGAGUUGGCAAGUCCAUCUGGUUCAUUGGUGGGCUUCAGCAUCAAGGGCGAAUUGGCCUCAGGCUACCUCCAGCUGCGUGUGCGCAUGAACUUUGGACCAGCGGAAUCUCCUACCAAGACUAUUCGCUUGAUCGACUUGGUGGACAAUCUUCGUGUGGUCCUGGCAGCCCUUCCUUACGUGUCGCAGGCGAGCAAGCAGAAGGCCAUCGACGCCAUGUCCAACACACAUUUCGAUUCAGAGCUACCUGCUGCGGAAUUUGUGGGGAGGUUGACACUGGAGAGCGGGGUGUCACAGGCAUCUGGGCGAGUCAGAGAUGCAGUCUUCGAGCGCAAGGAUGGCAUUUGCAGCGUGCAGGCAGCGUUGAAGCCAACCACAUGGGGGACGCUCGCAACAUUACCAAAAGAUUGCCGUCCCAGUGAAACUUUGGUCUUCAAUCUGAUGACACAGGAUGCCUCCAUGCCAGCGAGCGUGGAAGUGAAUGCCAAUGGAGUUGUCAAGUGGGUUGAAGGAAGCAGUGAUUCAUGGCUUUCCUUAUCUGGACUUGUAUUUCCUGCAUUGUCACCUGGAUGGCCAAUCGAAUUGAGCAAUGGUUGGAGCAAUGCUGCAGCUCCUUAUGCUGGAGCCACCUACACUUUGGUCGGCUCUCUUUGCUUCGUCGAGGGCCGCAUUGUGAGUGGCAGCACCUGGGGAGUCCUGGCCCAGCUUUCUGCCGGCUGCCGCCCAACGAAGACGUUGGCUUUCAACCUGAACGUUGAGGGGUCAGCCACCAGUCAGAUCGAGGUGCACAUCAAUGGAGAGGUGGUAUACAGUGCAGGUCCACAGGUGGGUUGGGUAAGCCUCUCUGGCAUUGUUUUUGCCACUGCUACGCAUGCGCAGAAGAGUCUUGACUUGGCUGAUGGCUGGGUGGCGACCAGUGGUGGAGACUUUGGUGUCCCCACCUAUAGCCUGACACAUGGCUAUUGCUUGGUUGAAGGGCGGGUAGAUGGCACACUUGUGAGUGGUGGAGGUACUUUGGCAACACUUCCCGUGGAAUGUUGGCCGAUGCGCAAACUCAUUUUCAGCAAAGCUCAUGGGACGACCACCAUGGAAGUGGAUGUGAGUGAGUUUGGAGAGAUCUCCUACAGCACAGACAGUGACAGUGGUGCCGCCACGGUGAGCUUGUCGGGCAUCAUGUUCAGUGCACCCAGUGAUGGACUGCGGUUGCUGCCUGCGGUCACCCCAUGGACGGCCAGUAUUGGUGGCCAAUGGGGUGAGGGCGUUUUCGUCAUGAAAAAUGGCUUCUGCAUGGUGAAUGCGCGUCCGCAAGGCGGCUCUUUUACAUCUCUCACCAUCAUUGCGAACUUGCCAGAGGGUUGCCGGCCUACAAAGCGGUUGACCUUCAACCUCAACCAUCACGAUUAUACGCAUUCAGUGGAUGUCACUCCGGAUGGUUCAGUGGUGUGGAUGGCUGGAACAGGAAAAUACACCUGGGUCAGCCUCACUGGCAUAACCUUUGCUCCCGGAGACCUGGGUCGCAUCACUUUGCCCUUGCUGAAUGGUUGGAGCGCUUAUGGCCUUGAGUAUGGAAUCCCUGAAGUGACCAAGCGCAACGGCAUUUGCUCAGUUGAAGGAAGGCUCACCGGGAGCUCCUGGUCAAAUUUGGCGCAGCUGCCAGAAGACUGCACCCCAAGCAAGCGGCUCAUCUUCAACAUGAACAAUCUGGAGCAAACUUCACGAGUAGAUGUGCGUGACGAUGGUGUGAUCAAAUGGGUUGCAGGCGGCAAUUCGUACAACUGGAUCAGCUUGGCGGGGAUGAUCAUUGUUCCAGAUGAAUCCAACGCCGUUCCGUUGGAGCUGCAAAAUAAUUGGGCGCACUAUGGAAGCAGCUACGGCACAGCCACAUAUGUUUUGGUGGAUGGCAUUUGUGUGAUUCAAGGCAUGGUGAAAAACGGGGCGAAAGGCACUGUUGUCGCCGUUCUGCCUGCCGAGUGCCGGCCACGCGAGCGCUUGACCUUUAACAUGAACCUGAAACAAUCCGUUGCUCGUGUGGACGUGCUGACCAGUGGGAGUAUCAGAUUUCAAGCGUCUGGUAGUUGGACUACCACUUGGUUGAGCCUUUCAGGUAUCCACUUUCCAAUUUGAUUUGCAGACCAGCUCAUGCUCAAAACCUGCAGGCACAAGUCCGCAGGGAGCUGGUUUGAAGCUGGUUUGAAUUCAUACCAGCCACUUUGAAAUCUCACAGGUUUGCCUCCAAAGCCAACAAGUUCAUAGCAGCUGUGUGCGCGAAGGUUAGAAGGC